AUGGAUGCAGCGGCGUUUGUGCCCCAGCGAUCGGGGGUGCCAGCGUAUUUCCCUGCGCUGCUCAACGACACAGACCGCAACAACAAGUACAACGCCGCCAUCAAGGAGACCAUCACCCUGUUUCAGCAGGCGUAUGGGCGCCCGCCAACGGUGCUGGAUGUCGGCGUUGGCACGGGCCUGCUCACCAUGAUUGCACUGCACCACGGCGCUGCGCACGUGAUGGGGCUGGAGGCCAACGAGGACCUGGCUGCCAUCGCCCGCCGCCAAAUCGCCGCACGAUUCCCCGACACCACGCGGUGGGAGGUGCGGCACGCGCUCUCCGUGGACUUUGUUGACGGCCCGUACGACAUGGUCGUGUGCGAUCUCGCCGGAGCCAUGCUCAACUCCGAGUCGAUGCUCUUGUACAUGUGGGACACGCUCAUGCGUGGCAUUGUGCGCAACUUUGGCACCCCAGUCAACCCCAUCUUCUACACCGUCCCGCAACACGGAGAAAUGACGUUGUGUGCGUACAGCUGCACCCAAGCCGUUGGCGUCAACACGGGUCUCUCGUUUGCACCGAUGCAGGAGGCGUAUGAUGCCGUGAACACCCCGCCCCAGCGCAGCCCCACUAUCAAUUGGCUGCGGGACGAGAGCAUGCAGAUCUGUCUGGCGGGCACGGACUGGCACGCCCUGACACAGCCGCAGCGCGUGCUUAUGGAGCGCUACAACCAGGUGCGCAACAGCGUCACGUGCGAGCCAAGCAUCACCAUGCACAUCUCACCCGCGCAAUACGACACGGCGGUGCUGGUGCUGGAGUGGAAGCUGCAGCUGUCGCCGACGGUUGUGUUGCGUCACGACCUGCGCCACGUGUCUGAGAUGACAGAGCCAUGCCGCCUCGCGCGGUGGAUCACGCGCGGGCACAUGUACUGCCCGCUCAAGCACAUUACGCCGUGCCAGCCAAGCAGCACAUACACAUUUGAUGUCGUGUACUGCCCGGCAGAGAUGAUCAUGCGGCUGCGCGCCAUGGGCAUGCAGGCGGAGCAGGCAGCACAGGCACAAGCGCAACUUCAACCACCGCAGCCACAGCAACCACAGUAA